GUGAGAUCAAAUUCCUACAUCACAAGUGCAUUUGGGAGAAUUGGUGACCAAGCAUUAUUCUGAUUUUUGUUACUUUCAUUUCUUGCUUUUCAGGAGAGCCUUUCAUGGCAUUUAAAUACUGGGUAUUGGCAGAGCUCAUUCCCAUAUGGUUCCAGCUAUGUUCUUAUCUUACAAAACAUAUUCUACAGCAAAUAUACUGAUUGGGUUCCCAUGCUAUAUUAAGCCAAAAUGUGGUUUGUUUGGUUUUUUCCUUAGCACGAUGUAUGAACCCAUCCACUGUAUCAUUGUCUGAAUAUAAGUUUCAUGUAAUCUUCCACAUCCUGUUGCUAUUAAAACGGAGACUGCAACUCCAGUAACAAUCAAUAUUCUUGUUUAUUGAAACUUCAUAAUGUAAAGAAAAUGACAACUGCAUGAUCUCAAUGGAAAAUUCAGAUGUAUUGAUUCAACGCUCCUAAACCCAUCCAGUUUGCUUAUCACCUCCACCAUAUCAGCGACCCCUGCUUCUCGCCAGGCAGCUGAUCGCUCUCCUCUUCCAUCCUUAGUCUGGCGGUGCCUGGCUUCAUUUGCACUUGUGACAUAGGAAAUUUGAUCUCACCCAAAGACUGACUAAUCACUGUCAGUUAUUAAUGAAGUAGAUCUAUGUCAUGAAUAAUUAGACCCAUGUGAUGUUUAAAUUUCUAUCUAUUAUUAUGCAUUUACGCCUAACGAAAGUCUAUGGAGUCAAAGCCUCUGCCCUUUGAUUGUCCCCAAUACCUACGUUUCCACGACACAACCCAUUGUCACCUAGCCCCUCCUGCACUCGUGGCCAAUUUCUCCCGUCCACUGUGUCUAAUUCCUCUUCCACGGGCCAUCAUUUCUCUUUCACCUGGACUCUGCCCUUCUCCGUAUUCCUAGGACAGGCGAAAGACGGAUCCGAGCCUUCUGGCACGAACCAAACCCAUCGGCGUCACGGGGACUCAUCAACUCCACGAUAUCGGCGACCCCUGCUUCUCGCAGCUGAUCUCUCGCCUCUUCCAUCCUUAUUCUGGCGGUGCCUGGCUUCAUUUCCUUUAGCGCCGAGCGGCUCCCCCUCGCUGUCGGCUUCCUGUGUUGCAAGGAGAGGUGCGGGUAAAACUAAACUCCCGCUUCCGCCCAGGUAAGAACAAGCGAGGACUGCAAAGCGGCAGGUCUCGCCCCCCGCCGAUCAGUUCUCACUGACGUCAGCCAAUGUGAUAUGCCUGCCUGAAAGAAAUUCUAUUUGAAGUCUGUAGGAUCAUAUUCUUAAUUGGCACAUGGUUGCAGCCUAAGGAUUCUCAUUUGGUCAUAUUGAGUCUGCGGUGCAGAUAAACCAGGAUGCCAGAAAAUCCUAUGGCGGAUAAGCAGCAGGUCCUGAGGAUUCUGGAGCGUCUACUAAUGAAACUUCAUGAGAAAGGAGAUACUUCCCAGAGUGAUAAUCUGGCUUUUCUAUACAACACUCUCAAGAAUCCUUUAUUCAAUCACAUGCUGACUCUUCAGCAGUCAAUCAAGCAGCUAAAGGAUCAACUUAGGUAUAUGCCUCCAGAUCGUUCAGUGGAUUUUGACUUUACUAGGCGAGGGUUGUUGGUGUUUGAUGCUGACCCACACCCUGUUGUUAAUGAGAACAUCCAGAAUGACAAGAGGAUGGCUCCGCUGAUUUCCAGAUUCGAAGUGGAUGAAUUUAAUUUGAUAAUCCAAAGGAUGGCGAAGGGCAGGCAAAUUGAGUAUAUAGAUAUCGAGAAACCAUUUAAUGGGGGCCUUGGAUUUAGUGUGAUUGCUCUUAAAAACCAAAGCAUUGGAGAAGUUGGUAUCUUUGUGAAAGAAGUACAGCCAGGAAGCAUAGCAGCCAGGGAUCAAAGGUUAAAGGAAAAUGAUCAGAUAUUGGCUGUAAAUCAUACACCAUUGGACCUGCACAUUUCUCAUCAGCAGGCAAUCCUAUUGCUCCAGCAGUCCACGGGGUCUUUACAUUUGAUUGUGGCCAGGGGCCCCACCCAAAGCAGCAGUAAGGACUCCUCUGCUGUUAGUGAUGCUAAUGUACCUGAAAUUGUCAAGUGGGGCCACACUGAAGAAGUUGAACUGAUUAAUGAUGGCUCAGGAUUAGGUUUUGGAAUUGUAGGAGGAAAAUCAAGUGGUGUGGUGGUAAGGACUAUCGUUCCUGGUGGACUAGCAGACAGGGAUGGCAAACUUAGAACUGAUGAUCACAUCUUGGAAAUUGGAGGUAUUAAUGUACAAGGAAUGAGUAGCGAGCAGGUCGCUCAAGUGUUGAGAAACUGUGGAAACCAUGUUAAGAUGGUAGUUGCAAGAUCUCCUUUGUGUGAAAUAACUACAACCCCGCCAACUCCUGCGGCUGAUCCUGUGGGUGAAUUACUUACUAUUCAGGACAGAGAAUCUGACACAGAAAAUGAAAUUCAUGAAGUUAAGUUGACUAAAAAGGAUGGACAGAGUCUUGGUAUAACAAUUGUUGGAUAUUCUGGAGUUUCUGAUUCAGGGGAAGCUUCAGGGAUUUUCAUAAAAAGCAUAAUACCUGGCAGUGCUGCAGAUCACAGCGGUCAUAUAAAAGUCAAGGACAAAAUUAUUGCAGUAAGUUGAAUCUUACAAAGGCAUUUGUUCUUACAUUGUAAA